AUGGAGGUUCAGGUUCCUAUUUCUUUCUUCUUCACCUUUUUUUGCUUUUUCAUAGUUGUAUUAAGCAUAGUUAAAAGACCUCAUUCCAGAAAGUCCCUCAGAACCCUACCACCAGGACCAUGGAAGAUACCUCUCAUAGGGAAUUUACAUCAGUUUGUAGGAUCACUACCCCAUCAUUCUCUAAGAAAAUUGGCAAACAAAUAUGGACCCUUAAUGCAUCUUCAGCUUGGAGGAACUUCAAACAUAGUAAUCUCAUCCCCAGAAAUGGCCAAAGAGAUCAUGAAGACCCAUGAUGCCAUUUUCUCUAACAGACCAUAUUUUCUUGCUUCAAGAAUUAUUUCAUACAAUUCAACCAACAUUGGUUUUUCUCCUUAUGGAAGUUACUGGAGGCAUCUGAGGAAAAUCUGCACUGUGGAGCUAUUAUCAGCAAAGAGAGUUCAAUCAUUCAGUCAUAUAAGAGAAGAAGAAGUUUCUGCCCUUGUUAGGAAAAUUUCUGCAAAUGAAGGAUCUGUGAUUAAUCUCAGUGAGUACCUUUUCUCACUCACGACUGGAAUAACUUCAAGAGCAGCUUUUGGUAAGAAAUGUGGAGACCAUGAAGCUUUCUUAUCAACAAUGGAAGAAGCUUUAAAGCUGGCUGGAGGUUUCUCUGUUUCUGAUCUGUUUCCUUCUGUCAAAGUUCUUCCAUUGAUCAGUGGGAUGAGAGGCAAGCUUGAGAGGCUUCACAGGGAGCUUGAUAGAAUACUUGAGAACAUAGUCAAGGAUCAUAAAGAGGAAAAGAGAAUCCAUGGCCAAGCUGAGGAAGAUCUAGUUGAUGUUCUACUAAAGCUUCAACAGCAGAAUGAUCCUCAUACCCCUCAGCUUACCGACAACAAUAUCAAAGCUGUUAUUCUGGACAUUUUUGGAGCUGGAACUGACACAUCAUCAACAACCCUAGAGUGGGCAAUGUCAGAAAUGCUGAAAAACCCAAAGGUUAUGGAAGAAGCACAGGCAGAGGUAAGAAAGGUAUUCAGAGAAAAAGGUUAUGCCUCUGAAGCAGACCUUCAGCAUUGA